GAUUUCUUCCAUCCAACGGCCAUCUGCCCUCCAUAGCAAACGAACGGAUAGAUUCCAUCACCACCAGCAUAAAAGAUCAACUGUCGUCGCAACUUAAAACCCUCCGACGAACGGAAGGGUUUAGCCGCACCCGAAGAGCCGCAGCCGACGAAGGUAGGAGUGAAGAAUGGCUUUUGCAAACAGAAUCGGGAAUCUCUUAAAGAAAUCUAUAACUUCCAGCCCAUCAUUGUAUCAAGCAAUACGAUGCAUGUCAUCAUCAAAAAUUUUCAUUGGAGGACUCUCAAAUGGCACAGAUGAUCAGAGUUUAAGAGAAGCAUGUACUAAUUACGGUGAAGUUGUUGAAGCUAGAGUUAUCAUGGAUAGGGAAACUGGACGGUCCAGAAGUUUUGGGUUUGUCACUUUUACAUCUAAUGAAGACGCCUCUGCUGCCAUAUCUGGCAUGGAUGGGAAGGAUCUUCAUGGUCGGAUGAUAAGGGUUAACUAUGCCACAGAAAGAACAGGUGGAUUUCGUGGUGGCAGCUAUGGGGGUGGUGACUAUGGUGGUGGUGGCUAUGGUGGCGGUGGCAGUGGCUAUGGCAAUAUGGGAGGCAGCUACAGUGGCAGCAGUGGUUCUGGUGGUGGCUAUAGCAGUGGAGGUGGGUACGGUGGUGGAGGAUAUGGAGACGGUGGCUCAAAUAAUUAUGGAGGGAGCUACAAUACAGGCCCCGCUGUUGGCUAUGAUGGUACUGGUGGUGGGUAUGAUAAUGCUAGUGAUGGUGGUAGUUAUGGAGUUGCCAUUGGUGGUGGUGGUGGCAGUUAUGGUGGCAGCAACAGUGGUGGUGUUGCAGAAGGUGGCAGCAAUGCUGAUUAUGGUCGUGGUACCUAUGGUGGGAGUGAAUCCACAGGCUUUGGCAGCAGCUUCAGCAACAAUGGUGGAUAUGGUAACAACAACCAAUAGGAUUUCAAGGACGACGAUGAUGUGCCUAAUCUGUACGCGCACAAGCGAGGCUAAUGGCCGAAUAAGCAAGUGUAUCUCAAUAGUUGGAACACUAGUUGGGUGU